AUGGAGAACUCAUCUACAGUUAAAUUCUUUAGUUUGUCAGGGUUACAGGAAACCAGGACCAAUAAGUUCCUCUACUUUGUCUUAACUCUUCUCAUUUACCUGCUGAUCAUUUUAUGUAAUUUGAUUCUUAUUUUAACAAUUAUUGUGGAGAAAGGCCUCCACGAGCCCAUGUAUAUAUUUGUGUGCAAUCUGUGUGCCAAUGGACUGUUUGGUACUGUUGGUUUCUACCCUAAAAUCCUAGUGGACCUACUCUCUGACAUUCAUACUAUUUCCUACGGAGGAUGUAUGACGCAGGUCUAUUUUAUCUACAGUUCAGUCCUAUGCGAGAUUACCAUUUUGACAGCCAUGGCUUAUGAUCGAUAUGUGGCCAUAUGUAAGCCUUUAAAUUAUCACGCGGUUAUGACGUCACUGAUGAUCUGCAAAUUGCUGCUGUUUGCUUGGUGUUUUCCUCUUUUCUCUGCGGCGGUCCUGAUAUCCUUCACUGCUACGAUGCCUCUGUGUGGAUCUCACAUCCAGAAGCUCUACUGCGACAACUGGUCGGUUGUUAAGUUGUCAUGCGUGCCAACGACGCUGAAUAAUGUUUGCGCAUACAUCAUUAUACUUUCUCAGAUGGCGCAGGUAGUCUUUAUUAUGUACUCUUAUGUUCUAAUUGUAAGCGUGUGUGUGAAGUCCAAGGAGGGGCGAACUAAAUUCAUGCAGACAUGCCUGCCGCAUUUGUUGGCGCUAAUCAAUUUCUGUAUCGCGACUCUGUUCGAUGUUUUUCACAGCAGGUAUGGCGCCAGCCAGCUUCCUCUGAGUCUGCGUAAUAUAAUGGCUAUUGAAUUCCUGGUCAUUCCGCCUCUGAUCAACCCGAUUAUAUAUGGACUGAGUCUGCGGGAAAUAAAGAGAAGAAUAUUAAAAGUUUUUGACGGGCGCUGCAAAGACUCACAGGGUCCGACGAAACAGACCCGGCAGCAGAAGAACGGCAACAGAGGAUGAGCGUGCGUGACAUAUGAGUGUUCGCAUCGUCAAGUAUUUACAGCAAAAAGAAAGAAAACUAUGAGACUGUUUUACAAACUCAUCGAAUUAUAAUAACAAGUCAAUGAUUUAUUUCUUAGACAUCAGAAAUAUUGACCCCUCUCUUACUUUUAAUUGUAUUCUUCUUUUUUUUCUCAUAUUGUUUUGUUCCUCUC